UCCUUGUCAAUUUCGAAGGGACUGUUCCUCUUCUUCCCCAUUCGAACGAAGAAGAUAGGCGACGGCGGCAAGCUCUCACUCUGACCUCCUCUAUUGACCUCUCUCCUAAUCUCCGCUCUUCCCUGCAUUCUCCCGGGGAUUUUCGGCACUAUUCAUCGUCAUCUACCUCUCGACGAGAACAGAGUAGCGGCGACAAGGAUUUCCCCCUAUUUCUCAAGAUUGCUCACCUUUCCCUCUCCUUUUUUUUUUCUCUCUUCUGACUUAUGCUCCGACCAUUAGUCUUUUGUCUGUCAUUCCCGCCGGCAAGAACGAACGAAUCGCAGCAGUGGUGCAUUGUUCUCUCUCGUUUGCUCUAGCAUAGGCUUAAAGCUUUUUCUUGGCGAAACCGAAGUUGGAAGCCCGUUUUUUUUCAUCAAAUCUUUCCAGACCAGUCGCAGUCAUCAUUCUCGCCCAAGGAGAGACAUCCUGAAGUUACAACAAGCUCAGGUCUCCCCCUCACAUCGACUAGGUUCAGGCCAGAACAUAGAAGGAGUUCUGAUAGGAGGGCUGGGGAAGUUUUGAAUCUUAAUAUAUUAUUUGCUUUCCUUGUCCUAUUGAUCUGUUGUUUACUCUAUCUCUGUGUUGAGAAUUGGUCUCUCUGUGUUGAGGAUUGUCUGGUUGGAGGUUUUAAGUGGGAGAUAGGGGUGAAGGAAGGAGGCAAGCAAAUGGAAGGUCUUGUGGAUAAAGUCGCGGUGGUUGUUAGGGAGAUAGGAAAGAUGGAGGAAUGGAUGAAGGUUUUGCUUGCGAGCUUAGUGGGAAGGGUGGUAGGGAAGGAGAUGGAUGCAAUGAAGUUUGGUGCAUGGGCGAAACUAGAAUGGGGAAGAGAGAAGGUGUUAGGGGUGAGGAAACUGAAUCCAGAGCUAUGGUUGUUCAUGUUUAACUUGAUGGAAUUCGUAGAGGAGGUUUUAAAAGGGUAGAAGAUAAAAGAAAGGGCCAUAGACAUGAGGUUGGACUGGUGGUUUUCAGCGGUUGGGGAGCUAAAGGUAACUUUACCACCCAAGGGUAUGUAAUUCUUCUUCCAUGAGGCCAAUCUUUUUUCAAAGAGGGAGACUUGAGUAGGACAAAGGCCAAGAGGAAAUGGGGCAAUCUAAGCACUUUACAAUAGACUCCAUAACCCUAUCCUCUAGAUUAAUGCUCACUACAUAACUUUUGGUCCAAUUGAUCUUUGUUCUCACCCUCCUUAAGUCAUCCCCUUCACAAAAGAUUAUUAUAUCAUCAACAAAUUGGAGUGGGUAAUCGGAAGAUUACUCCUACCAAUUCUCCAACCCCUAAUGGGCUCCUCUUUAGACGACUAAGCACAUCAGCUACAACGGUGAAAAGGAAGGGUGAUAAAGGGUCACCUUGUCUUAGUCCUCUAGAGGUUGGAAAAAAAUCUCUUACAACACCAUUAACUAACACUGAAUAACGACAAGAGCUUAUACACCUAAAUAUCCAAUUACAACACCUUUCUCCAAACCCACCAUUUUCAAGUACCUCCACCAGGAAAGUCCAAUCCACCAAGUCAUAGGCUUUCUCUAAAUCUAGCUUGUAAACAAAUCCUUGUCGGAGAUUCCUCCACACAUUCAUUACCUAUUAGAAUUUGGUUAGUUAUGUGCUUUCCUUGUAUAGAAGCCCCUUGAGCUUGACUAAUAGUUGAGGGGAGCACCACUUUGAUCCUUCUUGAGAGCACCUUUGCCAGGAUUUUGUAUAAGCUAAUCACCAGACUGAUAGGUCUAAAAUCCUUAGGGUGUUGAGCUUCACCUUUCUUGGGGAUUAGGGUGACAAAAGUGGCAUUAACUGCCGAAUAACCUUGAAACCAUAUUCAAACUCCUUGAAAACCUCCAUGAGAUCAUCUUCAAUCACCUCCCAACAAUCUUGAUAAAAAGCCAUAGUGAAACCAUAUGGACCUAGUGCCUUUGAUCUAUCCAUUGAAAAAAUUGCUUGUCUUAUUUCUUCUUCUUCUUCAAAGCUCCUCUCUGACCAAACAUUAAGAUCCUCCCCAAUCUUGGCCAUUCAAACCCUUCCAGAUUCUAGGUCCAUAUGGACCUAGUGCCUUUCAUCCUGGGAGGAAACCUCUUCACCACUGACCUCUAAUUUACCCACAAAAUUCUUCCUCCUCCCAUUGGUUAAAGCAUGGAAAAUUUUUGUUCCCGUCACCUUACUUAAGCUAAUUAUUCCUUGAUUUUUUCCUCCAAGAGAUUUCUUAUCCCAAGAGGACAUCUUCUAUGUUUCCAUUUCAAUUCUCUCUCUUGCACACUCAAGGAAUCCUGGUUUUCCUUUCCAUCUAGUUCUUCAAUUUGAGAUAUUAGGAGGCCUUUUUGUUUCUCCACUCUCCCGAAUUGGACAUUGUUCCACUCCUUCAGGUUGGCUCUAAGUCUUUUCAAUUUCUUGUGGAAUCUAACCCUCUUCCACUUCACUCUUCUCAAAUCUUCAUUCCACCACUCCUUUAUCUCAAAAUCCGGGCGAGUUAACCACAUAUUUUCAAAUCUGAGGGGUCUUGGUUCAUUCCCAAAGGAUUCUUGUCCAAGUUUAGUAGGGUAGUGAUCAAAAGUUAACUCUAGGUAGGGCUCUAGCCACUAAAUCUCUCAAAUGAUUCUUCCACCCUUCGUUGAAAAAAAAUCUAUCCAGCUUAGAGCAGACAAGGUUUUCUUGGAAGUUUGACCAAGUGAAAAAGGUUUGCAAUAGGGGAAUCUCCUUAAACUCACAAGUAUUAAUGAACUCAGUAAAUUUUUGCAUGCUAGUUGUGAUAGUCUGAUGUGGGUUGUUGGUUUCAAAACAAAAUCCGAUUACAUUAAAAUCUCCACCCACACACCAAGGUCCCCCCCACAAGCCUUGUAUUCCAAACAAUUCCUUCCACAUCUUCUUCCAGCAGGUUGCUCCACACGACCAGGGCUCUAUGUAGUACCUUCCUUUGCGUACCCAAUGGAAGUCUAUGAGCUUGUGGGGCUCCAUGAUCAUGACUCCUUCCUUAGUGAAAGCUGGAAGGGUUGCCUGAGUUUUGUGCUCUUGACCCACUUGCUUCUUGAGUUCUAUACAUGAAAGACGAGGUGGAGUUUGGAAGACACUGGUAGUUCUAGCUUGUAGGCGACUGACCCGACCCUUUCAAGGACUUUGAAGGGUUCAUAAAAUUUGGGAGCCAAUUUCUGCCAUGCUCACUUGGCUACUAAGGUCUGCCGGUAGGGUUGAAGCUUCAAGUAAACCAUGUUAUUAGGUUGGAAUUCCAAGGGACGGUGUUUGCAGCCAUAGGUAUCCUUCAUUACCUGUUGAGCCUAUUGCAGAUUGUUCUUAAGCACUUGCAAGAUAAAGUCUCAGCUGGCGAGGUACUCAUCUAUUGCAACUACUGUUGUGGAGCCUGCCUCGUAGGGGAGAAUGGCAGGGGGUCUCUCCCAUACAAGGCCUUGAAAAGUGUCAUCCCGGUAGUCACAUGGAAGGUGGAAUUAUGCCAUAGUUCUACCCAAGGUAACCAUUUCAACCACUGUUUUUGGUCUCUACCUCGUGAAGCACGUUGCAUCUGUUAACUACCUCUGUCUGCCCAUCAGAUAGGGGAUGAUAACUCGUGGAGUGAGGUAGGUGUGUUCCUUGGGUUUGAAAGUACUCCUGCCAGAAUCUUCCCAUAAAUAAAGGAUCCCGGUUAGAGACGAUGGAGGUUGGUGUUCCAUGCAGUUUUGUGAUGUCUCUCACGAACAGAUCUGCCACCUGUGCUGCUGUAAAUGGGUUCGACAAGGUUGAGAAGUGGGCAUAUUUGCUAAGUCUAUCCACUACCACCAUGAUCACUGUCUUGCCUUGAGAGGGUGGUAAACCGGUGAUGAAAUCCAUGGUGGCGUUGUCCCAGACUUGGUUUGGUAUUUUGAGGGGUUGAAGGAGCCCAGUUGGUUGUUGAGUAUCAUAUUUUUGUUGUUGGCAGGUCGGGCAACUAGCCACAAAGAUUUGCACGUGCCUUCUAAUUCCCCUGCAGUAGUAGUGUGCUGUAAUGCGACAAUAGGUCCUUAGUACCCUUGAAUGACCGCCUUCAACGGAGGAAUGGAACAACUGUAGAAGCUCUGUUAUGUGUGGAGACGUCGAAGGUAGAACUAGUCUUCCUUUAUAGUACAAGAGGGAGUCCCUCACGAUGUAGCCCAACGUUUUGGUUGGAUCCUUGACCCACUUUCUUUUGAUGGCCCCAACUCUUCACUGUUCAAUAUCUCCUACUUAAGAACCUCCAGUAGUGGGUACAGGGGUCUAGAUUCUGCCAUCAAUUGUAACUCAUUUUGCCUUGACAGGGCAUCUGCUACCCGAUUACAAGCUCCAGUUUUGUAUUCUAUCAAAUAAUCAAACCCCAACAACUUAGACACCCACUUUUGUUGUUCUUUCAUAAGGAGAUGCUGUUUCAGUAGAUAUUUGAGACUGAUAGGACGACACUAUCUGGCGCCACUACCAAGAAGGUAGUGGCGCCAUUUAAGGACUGAUAGGACGACAACCGUUAGCUCCUUAACAUAGGUGGAUUGGGCCUUGGCGUGAGGGGAGAGAACCUUGUUGAAAUAAGCCAGGGGUUUACCCCCCUUGCAUCAAAACAACUCCAAUGCCAAAGCCGGAUGCGUCACAUUCUACUACGAAAGGCUGCUCAAAAUCUGGUAUGACCAAUGUGGGCGGAGUGGAAACUGUUGUCUUCGAGGAGUUGAAGGCUUGUUGGGCCUCCGCCGUCUAGUGGAAGGCUUCCUUCCGGAGAAGUUGGGUCAGUGGUGCUGCCAUUAGCCCAUAGUUCCUGAUGAAUCUUUUGUAGUACCCAGUUAGGCCUAGGAAGGCCCGCAAUUGUCUAACUGAAGUGGGUCGGGCCCAAUGCUUUAUACUAGCUACCUUCUCAGGACCGGGCUUCACCUCCCCUUCCUCCACGCGACCAAGACAAUGUACUCUUCCCUGCCCAAAGACACAUUUGGAGAGCUUGGCCGAAAGUUGAUUUUGCCUUAGCACAUCCAAGGUUAGGUUCAAAUGUAGGAGAUAUUGCUCCCAAUCAAAGCUAUAGAUAAGAAUGCCAUAAAAGUACUUAAAUGAACUUAUGAAGAUAGGGCCUGAAAAUGUCAUUCAUGAGUGAUUGGAUGGUUGACGGUGCAUUGGACAAACCGAACGGCAUGACUAGGAACUUGUAAUGGCCAUUAUGAGUCCUAAAAUCCGUUUUAUGCACAUCGCCACUGUGGACUUAGAUCUGAUGUUACCUGGACCUGAGGUCCAGUUUACCGGUCCUUAAUUGUAAUGGAAUUCAAUGCCCGGUAAUCCACGCAAAACUGCCAAGAAUCAUCCUUUUUCACUAGUAUAGCUAGGGAAGAAUAUGGGUUGUUGCUGGGUUGUAUGAAGCCCUUUUGUAGGAGGUCUUGCAUUAAGCACUCAAUUUCUUGGCAUUGAUAGUAUGGGUACCGGUAGGGCCGGACAUUUGCUGGUGCUGCGCCCGGUACGAUGGGAAUCUGAUGGUCCUGAACUCUCUUUGGAGGAAGCCCUUGUUGUUUUUGGAAGACUUUAGGGUACUUAGUCAAUACUUCUUGUAGCAAUGGAUUUGGGCUGCUUAUGCCGUCUUCGUUGAGAGUGGGCUUUAGAUGUGGGCCAGGAGUGCAAGCCCCUAAGAGCGUCAAGGUGGGCCGAUUUAGGUCCCAACUGGUUUUGAUUAUGGAGUUGAGGGUAGCUAGUUGUGGGACCAGUAGCCUGGACUCCCUUAGAGUUAUGGUUCGGUCUCCUCUUUGAAAUUCCAUGGUCAAUUUCGACCAAUCACAAACCACCCGUCCCAAUUGUUGCAACCACUGUACCCCAAGUAUGAUGUCGGCCCCACUGAAGGCCAAUGUGUACAGAUCAAUGCAAAAAACCUCCCCUUGGAUGAUUAGCUCCAUGUCUUUAUAGACUCCUUCACAUGGUAUUUGACUUUCGUUGGCAACUUGAGCAUUGAAUUUAGAGGUGGGUUACCCCCAUCUGGAUGGCCAAGUCAUUUGAAUUGAAGUUCAUCGUACUCCCACUAUCCACCAAAAUAGAUACCUCCUGACCCUUCAAUUGACCCAUAAUGCGCAUGGUUUGGGGUGAUGUGAGAAUGGUGAGGGCCUGUAAGGAAAUCUCGGGCGGGCCAAGCCCGAAUAUCAUAUCAAGGCUAGUUGGGUUAUUUUCUUCAAGACCCUCCCCCACAUGCUCUUCCUCUUCCGGCUCAUCUGUUUGUAGCAAGAAAGCUUGUUGGGCCUUGAAUCGGUGACUUGGGCCGAAUCGUUCAUCACAGUUGUAACAUAAGCUCUUGCCCCUACGAGCCUGCAUCUCAGCCCAUGUUAGCUUUUUGUAUGGGACAUUGGGCUUGAAGCCUUGGGUAUCUAGUAUAGUGGGUCCCGUAAUGGUUGGGGCUGGGCUGGUUCUGUCUUCAGGGCCACGUCGCAUUAUAGGAGUCUUUAAUAGGGGUCCCUGAGGUCGACUCGGUGUUUUUUGAGUCUGCCGAGUUUUUCCUCAUAAAGCCUGGCCAGCCCUACAACAGCCACGACUGUCGGAGACUGCAUGGAUUUCACCUCCACCCGAAUAUCCUCCUCAACCCUCCAAUAAAAUUGCCUAACAUAGCAUUUUCCGGCCACCCCUGUACCCUAGAGGAUAGACACUCAACUUCUACCUGAUAUUCUCUCACUGAACCAAUCUGUCUGAAUUUAGCAAGUUCUUCAUCAUAGUUUUUGAAUCCAGUGGGUCCAAAUCACACAUAUAGAGCAUCGGUGAAAUCCGCCCAAGUCACUUGGGGAUGUGACUGGCGAAACCACUGGAAUCAGAGAAUAUAUUCUCCUUCUAGAUGGAUAGCAGCGACUGAAAUCCUCUGAUUCCCCGGUAUUUCAUGGUACUCGAAGUACCUCUCAGCUCGAUAAAUCCAUGGUACAGGGUCCUCACCUGAGAAGUUUGGUAAGGUGAUCUUGGUCUAUCGCAACACUCCAUUUCCUCCAGAUCGGUUGCUUGAUUGGCUGGUACCUUCUCCCUCGCCUUCAGUGUUCUCGCUGACAGUUGCCUUCUCCAGCUUGGCCAAGGCCGUUGAGAGAGCCACCUUGAUCUCAGUGAUGUCUCCCUCCAGUUUCUCAAUACGUUCAUCACUUAUGGAUUCUCUCGUUCCCACCAUGGUGUCAACCCAAGAUUAGGCUCUGAUACCACUUGGUAGGGUACUGCCUACCUUGGGAGCUCAUGCCUCCUACAGAAGAAAAGAGAAGAGAAGAUGAUUUUGGUGCUCAGAAAGGUCUUCGGGUAAGGCUAUAUGGGUAUCAUGCUGCUGGGCCGAUUAGUGGUAAUGGGCCUAGCUGUGUGCCUAUCAGAGGAGUCAGCUGCAACCAAACAAAGAGGAAUUCUUUUACUCAACAAAAGAUGCCAUUAUGCUUAUUUUACUGAUGACCUUCUUAAUAGUAGAAAAGCUCUAGUGAGGUGCAUAUGGCUUGUUUUGGUUCCAAGGCCUUACAAUCAAGAAGGCCAAAAACACAUAAUUUGGUCUAUAGCAGUGAUACAGCUGGGGAGGAUCAUUUAUCUAAGCAGGGUAGAAAAAAGAAGAGCAAGAACAGGAGAUUAGGGAAAAGACGAUGUGCUUUUAGUGAAGAUCAACCUGCAGAAAAUCCACCUGGGAAGUUGCCUGACAAAAUUGUAAAGGCUCAAACAUCGUUGAAGCAUCAGAGUGCAUCUAUGGCACAGAAAAUGAUUCUCAGGAAACAGGUUGAUCCUGAAACAGCAAAAUACUUCUCAGAAAUUGCAAAUCUUUUCGAAGGAACUGGAGUUGACUUGGAGGAACGCUCAGUGAUAUGUUGCAAUGCAUUAGAAGAAACUAGAGGAAAGGAAUUAGAAAUUGCCACUGAUUAUAUUAUAAGCCACACUCUGCAAACUCUACUUGAAGGCUGUGAACUUUACCAGCUUUGUGGUUUCCUAGAGAGCUGUGCAAAUGAGUUUCCUUUUAUUGCUAUGGAUAAAUCUGGCUCUCAUGUUGCUGAGACAGCUCUGCGAUCCUUAGGGGUACGUCUUCAGGAUAGAGAAGCAUAUUCUAUCAUUCAGUCAACCUUAACUAAGAUAUGCCAGGUGGUUGUAUUAAAUCCUGUCAAGAUCAUGUGUAGCCCAUAUGGAUCUCAUGUUCUUCGGAGUCUUCUUUGUCUCUGUAAAGGAGUACCUUUGGAUUCUUCAAGGGAGUUUCAUGUUAGAAAGUCAUCUAACAUUCUAGCUGAGCGGUUGAAUCUCAGGGCAACCUGUUUGGUUGGAGAUAAACCACCAGAUCUUCAAAAGGGUUUUCCAGAUCUACUUAAAUAUCUUGUAUCAGAGAUGUUAAAAUGUGCUAGGGAAGAUAUUAGAAUCCUGCAGGUUGACCAGUAUAGCAGCUUCGUUCUGCAGACUGCUUUAAAGCUAUUAACAGGAGAGGACCAAGAAUUAAUGCAUGUAAUUCCAGUUCUUCUUGGCUGUCCUGAGAAAACUUUUAUGGAAGGGGACACCAUAGAAAGUACUGUAGUGAAAGAUAUUCUUGCUCUGCUUAAGGAUACUGCUUAUAGCCAUUUAAUGGAGGUUAUUUUAGAAGUGGCACCUAACACCUUGUUCAAUGAAAUUCUCACUAAAAUCUUCAAGAAUUCAUUGUAUGAAGUCUCUUGUCAUCAUUGUGGCAGUUUUGUUGUGCAAGCAUUAAUUUCAUCAACAAGAUGCCGAGGUCAAAUGGAAUUGAUCUGGGAUGAAAUUGGUCCCAAAUUUAAGGAGCUUCUCGAAAUGGGAAGGUCAGGAGUAAUUGCUUCUCUCUUAGCUGCAAGUCAAAGACUUCAUACAUUUGAAGAUCAGUGCUGUGAAGCCCUUGCAGCUGCAGUAUGUUCAGAAAAUGAGUCCUCCAGAUGCAUUGUUCCUCGAAUAUUAUUCCUAGAUGGCUACUUCUCUUGUGAAGACAAAUCCAAUUGGAGCUGGCCAAAGGCUGAUAAGAUGCAUGUCUUGGGGUGUUUGAUUUUACAAACAGUAUUUAGAUAUCCAAGUGAGUUGAUUCAGCCUUAUGUCAUAAGUAUUAUAUCCAUGGAGGCUGAUCAUGUUCUUGAAGUGGCAAAAGAUGCAGGGGGUGGACGAGUUCUGGAAUCUUUUCUUGGUUCAGAUGCUUCUGCCAAGCAUAAGCGCAAAUUACUUGUGAAGCUCAAAGGUCAAUUUAGAGAGCUGUCAAUGCACCCUUCAGGUUCAUUCAUUGUUGAAAAGUGUUUCACUACAAGUAAUGUAUCACUGAAAGAGACUAUAGCAUCUGAGCUCCUAGCCGUACGAGUUCAGCUGUCUAAGACUAAGCAGGGCCCACAUCUCUUAAGGAAGCUAGAUAUUGAUGGAUUUGCUACACGGCCUGAUCAAUGGAGGUUGAGGCAAGCAUCAAAACAAACUGCAUACAAAGAGUUCUAUGCUGAAUUUGGCUCUGAUAAAACAGGCUCACCUGUAAACAGUAGUUUUCUUGCUCAAUCCAUUUUACAUCCAGUACAACCAAAAGGCCUGAAGAAGAUGAGGAAAGAAAUUGAUCAAUCUUUGGUUUCUGUUAGUACUUCAUCUUUGGGUUUCUCUGCUGUCAAGCAACAUGAACAAAAGGCAAAACAAGGCAAUAAGAAAAUUUCCCAACAUGACCUGGUUGAUGCGUUGAGAGAUGGCAACAAAUACAAAACAAAGAAAAGGAAAUCUGUCGAGGCUGAGAAUGCAGUUCAUUCAUGUAACUCAACAGCAAAUGUUGGAGACGUUCAAAGGCUUCCACAAUCCUUGAACAGGAAAGAUAAUAAACGACAUCAGCAGGAUAGCCAAUCAAAAAUUUCUGUAAAAAAGUCGAAAAGAUGAAGAUGCAACAUUGGUGUGUUUUUUUUUUUUUUUUUUGAAGUUUUUCGGUCAGCUCUAGUUCCUCUUAUCAUUGAGUAAGUUUUCGUUAUUAAUAUUUUAUUUUAUCUGAACGUUCUAAUUUACGUUAAUUAUGAUUUUCGGAAUAA